UGCAAAUAACAAGCGGUAUAAUAAAACUGUAAACAAACUAAAAAUUUUAAUUUCGAACAUGUAUAAAAAAUUAAUUUCGACUUUAUUCCUAAUCAUUUUGGGAGUUGUGGCAAAUGGAGAGGUGCAAAAUGUUGAACCAUACAACUAUUCGUCCAAUUCCAAUUCGUCCCUUCGCACAGAAGUCUACAUUAAUAUGAAUAGACAACAAUAUGCGAAAAUUAUUGAGGGAUACGAUAUACAAAUGGAGCUUUUUAAACAAUCGUAUGCAGCAAGUCUUGAUACCAUUAACAUACGACAGGACAUGUUAGUCGAUACGCUGGUUCAAACUGAUGCUGAAUUAAAUCCCUUAGAAAUUCUUAGCAACUUAAGUCAGAAAUGUGUUUCGAAAUAUCGCAGCUCAAUACCAACCGUGGCUGUAACAAAAAGAAAUAUUAAUAACUGUAUAACCACUGCAUCCCAACAAGUUAAUGGUAUGCUUAGUAUACCCCUUAACACGAGAACUUCCACAGAGAGCUAUUUAAAGAAUACUUUUGAAAGAGAUAUUAAUCUCUGUGGUAGAACAUAUUCUUUAUUACCUUUUAACUACACCAUGUGUGUUAUAAAUGCUGUUGAUGCUGCUAACAUUUAUGUAUUCAAUAGUCAAAAGAAUUUUGCUAAUCAAAUGGAUGUUGCCUCAUGCUCGUCUAAAUCUAAUAUCAAGAAAGCAUUGGAUUGUAGUUAUUUAGUCGAGAAGGAGGCCAUUUCUGCAAUUGCUGAAUCCAAAACUUUAAUUGACAAGUGUUUAACGGGACAAAAUAAGUGCAAACCAUGUAACCAAGGAUUUACAUGCUCCGAAGUUUAUUAUAUGCAACGUUAUGAAGUCAGUUAUAGCAGUAAAACUAUGGAUAAUCCUUUCUACGGACGUAAUGAUAUUAAAAAUUGUUUAAUGUUGAAAAUACAAUAAACAUAUAGUAUUUGUUAAUUUGUUAAUUAAAUAUGUAUAAAGAACUUAAUAAAUUGUACAUAUAUCAUUGAUAUUUAGCAUAAAUUAAAAAUUUUGUAUUAUAAAUUUUUAAUUUAAAUUGAAUCAUAAAA